AUGGAUCAGGCAAACGAAGCAAGCGUGGCUCAGAUCACCUUGCUUCAACAGCAGAAUAACACUCUGCAAAUGGCACUGGCUCAGUUGGCACCACCGCCACCAGUGGAUGACACACCAAAUGAGGUUCAGCAACAACGGAGGGCAAGAUCCAAGGCUGCGGCUUCAGAUAACGUCCCUCGUCGCACACAGGAUGAGCAAGUCGAAUCCAGCCAUAAGCUUACGGUGUGGUCUAAUGGAAUCCUAGAUGGUGCAGGUGUUCAGGAUGCCUUUGACGAGAAGAGACUCCUGAAGAUUCAGACACCUGCCGAGAUGGCUAGAGAACACAAAAAUUCCUUGGUCAAAACUCCUUUCACUGACGAUGUGUAUCUGGUUGAGAGGCCCAACAAAUUUACCAUGCUUUCUUUCACCCAGUUUGAUGGAACAGGGGAUCCUUCUCGGCACCUAGAUCAUUACGCUCAAAAGAUGGCUUUAGAUGAUCGAGCAGCACUAGAGUGGUUCAGGAAUAGACCGCAUAAGUCCAUCCUGGAUUACGUAACUCUAUGCACCAUAUUCCUGGCACAGUAUUACGGAAAUAAGAAGCAAAAGAAGAGCAUUGCCAGCCUCUUCACCGUAAGGCAAAAAAAGGGGGAAACAUUACAGGAUUUCUUGUCAAGAUUCAACAUAGAAGCCUCAGAAAUAGCAGAUUGUCAUCCCGCAACUGCUAUAGAGACAUUUAAACUCACGAUGAUUCAGGGGAUGAAGUUCCACACUUCCUUAGUCAAGUAUUCUCCUCCUGACAUGCAGUCUCUCAAUGCCAGGGCCCAGAUCUACAUUCGGCUUGAGGAAAAUAUAGCCCACCGAGCGCAGCACGCCACCCUCGUAACAGUGGAAAACAAGCCUCGAGAAAGAGUUCCAACUCCAAAGAUUCAAAAAAGCCAACAUUCCUCAACGCCAAUCACCCAGGCACUUGAAAAAAGAUCCCUCAGGCAACAAGUGGAGAAUAUGAUCGCCAGAGGUGAGUUGACGGAUUACCUCAUGACAAAGGAGUAUGCAAAGCCUUGCGAGGUCUAUCCCCGCAAGGUGAAAGGUACGCAAGUAAAAGUCAUCCAUGCAAUACAUGGCAGGUCUGAAGAUGAUCAAGAGUCCGAGGAAGUAUAUAGAUCCAGAUUGAGGGCAGCCCAUAAGCUCAGGAGGAUAUCCUCGGUCAGUGCUAUCGCUUGGGGUAGCAUCAGUAUUGGAUUCGGAGAUGACGACCUAUCCAGAGUUCAACUCCCCCACGAGGAUCCAUUGGUCAUCAGUCUUUUAGUGGCCAAUUGUAUGAUCCGAAGGGUUUUGAUAGAUCCAGGAAGUAGCGCCAACAUAAUUACAAAGACGGUCUUUGAGCAGCUAGAGAUCCCGUCAUCAUCUAUUCGACCUACCUCCAGCCCGUUGAUGGGGUUCGAUGGCACAAGAGUAGAUCCCCUUCGAAUAGAGGAGGAAGAGGAAAUUGCGAAGCCCACCGAGGAGACCCUUGAAGCCGUGGAAGUUUUCCUCGGUGACCUUCAGAAGGUUACCUAUCUAGGCUCUUCCUCUACGUCCGAAGAAAAUGAGGCGUUAAUUGAUGUUAUCCGGAGCAAUGCAGAUGCCUUUGCGUAG